UUGAAGUACAUAUAUUCAUUUAAUUGUAUUCUCAUUUAUUUUUGAGGUACCUCGCUUAUGGAACACCUUUUGAGAUCAUAGCCUCGAUGCAUAAAUUAGGGAAAACAACAGUGCGGAAUAUCGUACUUGAAACGUGUGAAAUAUUUUGGUUACACCUGUGCCCGAUAUACCUUAGCGAGCCAACUACCGCACAAUAUAAAGACAUUGCUGCAGAUUUUUUUAAAACUGUGGAAUAUACCCAACUGUGUCGGAGCAAUUGACGGGAAGCAUAUAGCUAUUAUUCGUCCACAAAAUUCAGGCUCGUUAUUUUAUAACUAUAAAAAGUUUUAUAGUAUAGUUUUAAUGGCAUCCUGCGAUGCUAGGUAUACGUUCACCUCUGCCAGCAUUGGUAGCUAUGGCGGACAAAGUGACGGAGGUGUCUUUCAGCAAACUAAAUUUGGUCAAGCACUCUUGGAAAACAAAUUCCCACUACCACCAAGAGCUCCAUUAUGGAAUGAAUCCUCAACAGAUUUUCCACAUUUUUUUGUGGCCGACGGAGCGUUUCCAUUGAAGGAAAACUUAAUGCGACCUUACCCCGGUGCACAGCUGCCACGAGACAAAGCAAUUUUCAAUUACCGGUUAUCCCGAGCUCGUAGAGUAAUCGAAAAUAGCUUUGGUAUUUUAACAGCUCGAUGGCGUGUUCUACGAAAGCUAAUAGACUUUAGCCCAAAGAACUGCGAAAAAAUUGUGUUAACCUGCUUGGUUCUUCACAAUUUUGUAAUGUUGAAUGACCAUGAUCGUUGGUAUUGUCCAGAUACAUUUGUAGACACAGACACCGCAGACCAUGGAAUAUUGGAGGGAGAAUGGCGUGAAGAUUUAGAGAGUGUUGGAGGUGCAUUACAUCCAAUAUGUACAACUCGACGCAAUGCAUCUAGUUUCGCAUUCCGAGUAAGGGAUUUUUUGGCAGAUUAUUUUAUAAAUCAGGGAGCGGUUUCAUUUCAAGAAGAUCGUAUUUAGUGUAUAGCAAUGUUUGUGUAUUUCAUGCAUUUGAAAUAUAUAUGUACAUAUUUUUAUGUAUAAAAUUGUAAUCUAAGUACCUUUAUACUAUACUUUUUGUUACGUUAACUUUUUUGUGAUAUUUUA